AUGGCUCCCAGAAAGAAUGCGCAAUCGACCACUGCUGAGCUGUCGCUCGUUCAUUUGAAGAACUGCUUGGUCAAUCUCCCACCGUCAUUGGUGUCUAUGCUCCUCAAUCUGAAUACGCCCGUUCAAAAUGUCAUUGUCGAGCUUACCUUUAAGCCUGCCUCGUCGAGUGGGCAGCCAUCCCUGCCGCAGUCCAUCUUCGUGGGAUGGACCGGAAUGCCCAGCAAGAGACGUGCUGCACCGUUGGUGAGUCGCGAUGGCAUCAGCGGCAGCCGAGGGUCCCGAGACCAAGAGAUUCAGGUCGUCGAGAUUGAUGCGACCUUGGCAAAUACUUUGGAGCUCAACGACGGCCAAAAGGUCACCGCAACCGUCCACGUCGAUCCUCCCAUUGCGCACACCAUCAACAUCGAGCCAUUGACGCCUGAGGACUGGGAGAUUAUUGAGUUGCAUGCUACCUUCCUGGAACUCAAUCUCCAGUCGCAGAUUCGAGCUCUUCCGAACCCGACUUACAAUAACGGCAGCGCAACCGUGCCACCUCAUCCUCUAACAUUGCACCUGUCACCCACAUCAACAGCCAGCAUCAAGGUCGUAUCUUUGGACCCUGCACAGCCCUCAGAUGUAGCCUUUGUGAAGCUAUCACCCAACGCCGAGGUCAUAGUCGCUCCUAAAGUGAGGGCUAGGACCUCUCAGGGCAGCAGCGACCAUCGCAGCGUCGCCAGCACCUCCAAGUCUAGGCGCAGUGGAGGAAGCACUGUGCGGAGAAAGAGCACAAGAGAAGAACCGAAACCAACAAUGUUCCUUCGAGCGGUUGAACGAUCUGCCUGCGAGGAAUGGUUCGACGAGGGGAUGCUGAACCCAGAUAUCAGCAUCUGGGUUGACCGCGAUCGCCUGCUUUCCAACCCUUUCAGAGGCGUGAAAUAUGUUGUUGUCGAUGUCAUCAAGCCAGCGGGUCUGCAGAAGCCUCAAGCCGAGGAUGGCACCGCCCCUCCGGUUUCAAUAGCUUCGGCAAAAGUUGUCGCGCGGCUGAAGCCUUGGGAUGAUCCUCCCAAUGGUCAAACUGCCGCUCUCUCAUCACCCUUGUGCGCCGUUCUCGGUUGCCCAGGCAUCGUUGGAGGUGUCGUCAAACUCCAAGCCGCACCUCCACCCCUUGCAAAGGGCUCUGUACAGAGCGUAAAAGUGUUUCCUUUUGCAACAGGCUCGAAACCGAACGAAGGUCUCAAGUUUGGCAGCGAUUCCAAAGCCGAGAAGGAAGAGUCAGCCAAGAGAUUCAGACACAUGUACUCGGGUGCUAAGAACACAGAAGGCUUGCUACAAGGACCUAUCACCGAUGGCAUGGUUGUGGGAGUAUACAGCGAACUUGAGGCGCCUCAGGGUUGGGAAGGAGGAUUUGUCAGGUUUGAGUACAGUGCCGAGCAUGCCGCUCAGGAGCAUAGCAAAGAUGCGACCUUCUGGGCUGCUGGUUUGGAUGAGAAAACACAAAUUGAAUUCCAACAACCUCAAGCUCGACCACCUUGGAUUACCGACACCGACGUAUUCGAUCUGUUGCCCAAGAACGACUCUCUCCUAGUUGGAAUUGACUCACUUCUUGAGAAUCUGCAAAAGCAACUCGCCCAUCUAUCUUCAGUCCUCUUGACGGGAGGAAUGGGUUCUGGCAAGACAUCCGUAGCAAAGCACAUGGCUGAGAAGUUACGACGCGGGACUUUAUUUUACAGCGUUUAUUUUUCAUGCCGGAAGCUGGUGAAUGACGAAACGAGAAUCUCGACGAUCAAGGAGACGCUAACUCGGAUCUUCAUGUCAGCAAGCUGGGGAGCGCGACUAGGUGGCAAGUCCAUUGUGGUUCUAGAUGACCUAGACAAACUAUGCCCCGUCGAAACCGAACUCCAAGUUGGAAAUGACAACGGUCGGAGCAGACAAGUCAGCGAAACUAUUCGCUCCAUUGUCCGGCAGUUUUGUACCAGGGAUAGUGGCAUUGUGCUGCUUGCCACUGCCGAAGGCAAAGAGUCGCUGAAUAAUGUUGUUGUAAGUGGCCAUGUGGUCCGAGAAAUUAUCGAACUCAAAGCUCCCGAUAAGGAGGCAAGACGACGGAUAAUGGAGUCGAUUGCCCGGCAAGAUUCCAUCCCUGAGAAUGACCCAGAUGACCUUGACAGCAACCUUAGUCGGCCUCCUACAUCCGACGGCGGAGCAAUGGGCGACGAUACUGAGGCGUGGCUGCACGGCUCAGAUGCAGCAAAACCAAAAUCCAAGUCGACCGGCUUUAUCAUCGACUCGGAUCUCGACUUCCUCGACAUGGCCGGCUUGACUGACGGAUACAUGCCUGGUGACUUGAGUGUCCUGGUAUCACGAGCACGUAAUGAAGCCAUUAUCCGCUCCAUUGCCGAGUCUCCAUCUGAUACCGGUGAUGGCGCUGUGCGUCUGAGUCGUGUCGAUUUUGACAACGCCCUCAAGGGGUUUACGCCAGCAUCUCUUCGCAAUGUGCCGUUACAAAGCUCCACCACAACAUUCAAGUCGAUUGGCGGCUUGCACGAAACACGUCGUGUUCUGUUAGAGACACUAGAAUAUCCCACGAAAUACGCGCCCAUCUUCGCGCAAUGUCCUCUCCGACUCCGCUCCGGUCUUUUGCUAUACGGAUAUCCUGGUUGCGGCAAGACUCUGCUGGCCAGUGCCGUGGCGGGUGAAUGCGGCCUCAAUUUUAUCAGUGUCAAGGGUCCUGAGAUUCUGAACAAGUACAUUGGCGCUUCGGAAAAGAGCGUACGAGACUUGUUUGAUCGCGCUUCAGCCGCCAAGCCGUGUGUUCUCUUUUUUGAUGAAUUCGACUCCAUCGCUCCGAAGAGAGGCCACGACUCAACUGGUGUCACGGAUCGUGUGGUGAAUCAGCUGCUGACACAGAUGGAUGGUGCGGAAGGUCUGUCUGGCGUCUAUGUCCUUGCGGCCACCUCUCGUCCCGAUCUCAUUGACCCUGCCCUUCUUCGUCCCGGUCGUCUCGACAAAUCCCUCCUUUGCGAUCUUCCCUCACUGGAAGACCGUCUCGACAUCAUCAAGGCUCUUUUCCAAAAAGUACGAUUAUCAAACGAACUCACAGACUCCGAUGACGGUUUGACGGAAAUCGCCCGCCGCACAGAAGGCUUCUCCGGCGCUGAUUUGCAGGCCCUCGUCUCCAAUGCCCAGCUGGAAGCUAUUCAUGACGUUCUAGACGUGAAUGCUCCCGUGUCCAACUCUCGCAAGGGACCGGGAAACAAGAAUUCUGCCGCUCGCAACUCCACUCCCAGCUUCGUCCAAUUCCGUUACGGCACCGACACAACACUCAGCAAGGACAACAUCCCACAGAGCAAAUCUGCAGCUCUUAUUGAAAAUGCAGCCAUCAUGUCAAAACUGGAACAGAUCAAGCUUGCCCGCAAGAAGGCCAAGCAAGCCAAGAAGGGAUACGGCGCAUUAGAAUCGUCCGAUAACAAGGAAACAUUGGCAACUGAACAUAGAGAAGUCGUCAUCGAAUGGGAUCAUUUAGUCAAGGCUCUUGACAACACACGCGCAAGUAUCAGCAACGAAGAAAAGGCGCGUCUGCAACGGAUCUACCACGAAUUCGUCGUCGGGAGAAGUGGCCAAAUGAAGGACGGCCAAGGGAGCAUGGAGAUUGGUGGACGAAGCAGUUUGAUGUAG